AUGUCUAGUGCGCAAACAAAAGUAGAGCAAAGAGAUCCGUUUACUGGCACUCAAACCAGUCGUCCUCCCCAAAGAAGAGUUGUUGCUAAAGGGAAAAAAAGAGAAUAUGAAGCUGUAGCAUCCACAAGUGCCACGUCCACAUCAAGUUACCUGCCUGUUGUCAAAAGGCCCAAGUCAUUCGGUGUCUCGCCGCAGCGUUUGAUGGAUAGUUUUUUUCAAGCAAUGAGGAAAAUCAUCGAAAACAAAGCAAGGCCCAUCAUUGACAAGCCCAGUGUCAUUACUACUGCUGAAAAGAUCUGUCAAUGUGCCAAAGAUGAGUUGAAAAAUCAUCUUGAACACCACGUUACUAAGCAAAACGUUCAGUACUUUCAAGAGUACGUCAAGGAUCAUUUCGAUGCUAUUGUGGUAUUUUUACAGCUUCAGGCUUCUACGUCUACAUUCACUGGUGAAAGUGCAUCCAUCCUAGCUACAUCGGUUAUUGCUCCUUUUGACUCUGUAGCGUUCCUUCGCCGCGACCUCUCUGGCAUGGACAUGGCAUCCGACAUGUCUUCUGUGUCUGGCGCUCCUUCACGUGCAGCAAUGUCUUCAAUCUCGCAUAAUCCCUCUGAUAUAUCGAUGGUUGAAGCUCCUCCCAGAUAA